CUCCAGUGGCCAUCGUGUACCCAGCUGGCCUGACUCAUGGGCUGUACAUUCACUUCUGUUAGCCCAGGAGACUAUCUUAAAUCUUCACCAUGAUCCUCAGCGCAAAUGCCACCGAUGUGAGCCCAACAGGAAGUGUGACCUCAUUCUGCUUCUCUGCCUCUGGUUACGCAGGCUGUUUUUGAAAGAAAACAAGAGGGGUUUGCAAGACUGGCUUUCCCAGGAACUAUAUGCUCGUCUGUACCAGGAAACAGCCAAAAGAACAAGAGACUGCUGAAGACAAAACUUCUCUGCAAAUGCCUGCACAUGGCAGUGUGUGCAGCCAUCUACCAGAAGGGAAGAGACUCUGUGAAGUUUGAACAAGCGGCCUUCCCAAGAUGUACCGAAUAUCUCAACUGAUGUCAACACCAGUAGCAAGUAAAUGUUCUUCCGAGUUGGAGAGAGAAUAUGCUGAAGAGCUAUCUGCCACAUGCAUUUUCCCAAGUUUUGCCUGUGAUUUCCUGGAGGGUGACAGUUCUUUUGAAUGCUGCUCCAUAGAUCCCCUGACAGGCUCUCACCAUACCUGUCGCCGAAGUCCCAGACUGCUCACCAACGGCUACUACAUUUGGACAGAAGACAGCUUCCUCUGGGACAAAGAUGGCAACAUAACUCUGCACCCAUCCCAGACCCGGGUUAUGUACAAGGAGAAUUUAGUCAGGAUAUUUAGAAAGAAAAAGAGAAUCCGCCAUUCUCUUCCUUCACUCUUCAACCUCAGUGCCUCUCAAUCCUGGCUGCAUGGGAGUUUCUUUGGUGAUGUAGACUCUUCCCCAAGUGAGGACGUCUGGCUGGAAGGGGUCAGGAAGGUGGAUACAGACCACUGCAAUGAAAAUGGAGGUGACGUUGACUGUUUUUCUCUGGGUGAUGCCUGGGAGCCAGAGAUGCCGAAUGCAGAGACUGCGGUAACCUUCUCCUCCAGCCACGUCGUAUCCCAGCCUCCCGGGGAAAAGUCCCAUGAUUCCUCUCUUCAGUCUCCGUUGAUGGCAUCUGAACAUUUCCAAGAGAACAUUUGGGAUCAUCCAAAAACCAGUUUGUUGCGAGAGCUCUCCUUUCUGGCAAUCCUGCUUGCUGUGUGCUUAAUCAUUUUUGCAUGUGCAAGAUGGUUUAUGGAAGGAAUAUUAGCCAGCAUCUUCAUAUGCUCAUUGUUGAUAACUACAGCUUAUGCUACAAAAUCAUUGUUUCUCAGCCUUGCCAGCAAUUUCAAAGCCACCACAGGUGUUCGGUUAGCCGAAAUUUGACAAGCAUUUAGCAAUGACUCUGAUGAAUGUCUUCAAGCUGAAUAUCCAGAAAUUGUCCAACUUGCAGUCUAUUUGGAAUCAACUGCCUCACUGGAAAGGAAUGAGCAACUGGAUAAUUGAGAAAAAAAAAUUAAUUUAAUAUGUGAUUUAAAAAAAUCUCAGUUUUUCCCUCAUAAUUGUAAUAUUCUCAUGAAAAUAAUAUGAAUUUGCCUUUCCUUUGCAAACACUAGCAGUUGAAAGGGAAAGGCCUGGGGAACGUGAUAGAUCAUCUGGAAUAAAUGUUCCCCUAUUAUUCCCUAAAGCAGUGAUUCUCAGACAUUAAUUUUCAUUAGAGUAUUCUGCCAGGAACUUGUAACAUUUUCCUGGGCCUGCCAGCAUGCACCUAUCCCUUUCUGAACUGCUUUAAUUGAACAAUGAAAGCAAGUUUGUGUAAUCGAUACCAACUUGAAUAUGAUUAAAUGUAGUUUGUACAUAAAAUAUAAUGUUGCAAAAGCUCACUGUCCCCCCCAAAGGAGUGGCACAAUAUUAGGUGCUGACAGUGAGUGAUGGUGGAUAGAAAAUGGGCAGAAGAGAGUCAUUUUCUGGAAGGUAUAUUCUUCUUUUGAAUCAUUUUCUUUACCAAGUUUGUACCCUUCUUGGGGCUCAUGAUUCCUUUCAUUCAAAUCGCAAUUAAAAUAAAGAUGUGAUACAAGAAAUGCUUUAAAGGGAAAAUAAAGGCAAAACACCAGAAUGCUUUGAAAUGCAUGAAAAUGGUGCAGGUGUACAACUGACUGAAGGGUAUACAUGGUGCUCUUUUUCCAUCCCUCUCACUUGUUGUUCACAAAGCAAAUACAGCCUGCAAUUCAGAUUUGCUCC